AGUGCAUACCGGAUUCCGCGUCUUUCUUUUUUUGGGAAAAUCUUACGUCCUUUACUUUCAUUUCUUCGCGAGUGUGAAUUUAUCUCUAUCUCUUCCUCUCUCGUGUUUAUCCGACAAGCGCUCAAUCAACUGACACUUCGGUUUCAGAGAAACCAAAAACCACCGAAAAGGGGAAAGGAAAAAAAAACAGCUAUAAUUGCAUUGGCACGAAACUUCCAUGUGCUCGGCACUUCCAUAUCCCAAUACCAAAAUCCCAAGCAAUUAUAGAAAAAAAGAUUCUCCAAAAAGCAUUUACUUUUACUUGUUUAUUUUCUUUUUAAUUUUAGAAUAUUUCAAAAUCUUCAAGCAGAGCAAUUUCAGAUCCGCAUCCUCUUCCAUUAUUCAAGAAUCUCUGCUUUUCCAGACGAUGCUACCUGGGGUUUCUGCAUCUGGGGAAGAAAAGUGAUUGUCAAGUUUCUGUAGAUAGUUUGGUUCAUGGGGGGAAAGAAUUCAAGGGAGGGAAGUUGGAGGUCGAACUCUUCUUCUUUACGUUCAAAUUCGUCUCCAUGGGGUGGUUCACCUCAUGGCUAUUCUCAAUCCCCGUAUGCCCAAGAAAUUUACAGCGACAGCAACAGGGCCCAGCAAUCUUAUGGUCAAGAGAGUUAUACCUAUAACUACGCGCCUCAGCAAUCUUAUGGGUCACAGCAACAGUAUUCCUCCUCUCAGAACUAUAAUAAUGAUAAAAGGCAGCUUGAUAGGAAAUAUUCAAGAAUAGCUGAUGAUUACAAAUCCUUAGACCAGGUGACUGAGGCUCUUGCACGUGCUGGCCUUGAGUCUUCCAAUCUUAUUGUUGGUAUUGAUUUCACAAAGAGCAAUGAGUGGACAGGUUCAAGAUCAUUUAACAGACGAAGCUUGCAUCACAUUGGAGAUGGUUUGAAUCCCUAUGAGCAAGCAAUAUCCAUUAUUGGGAAGACUCUAGCUUUCUUCGAUGAGGAUAAUUUGAUUCCCUGUUUUGGAUUUGGGGAUGCAUCUACACAUGAUCAAGAUGUUUUCUGCUUCUAUCCGGAUGAGAGGUUUUGUAAUGGUUUUGAGGAAGUUCUGAGUCGCUACAGGGAAAUUGUGCCCAAUCUUCGACUUGCAGGACCAACCUCUUUUGCACCUGUCAUUGAAAUGGCAUCGACCAUAGUGGAGCAGAGCGGUGGCCAGUACCAUGUUUUAUUGAUAAUUGCAGAUGGGCAGGUCACAAGAAGUGUUGAUACAGAGCGUGGACAACUAAGUCCACAGGAGCAGAAGACAGUUGAUGCCAUUGUAGAGGCUAGUAAGCUUCCCUUAUCGAUUGUAUUAGUUGGGGUUGGAGAUGGACCUUGGGACACGAUGAGGGAAUUUGAUGAUAACAUCCCUGCUCGGGAGUUUGAUAAUUUCCAGUUUGUAAAUUUUACAGGAAUUAUGUCAAAGCCUGUGGAUUCUUCCCGAAAGGAGACAGAAUUUGCUCUUGCAGCUCUAAUGGAAAUUCCUUCUCAAUACAAGGCAACAAUAGAGCAUAAUAUAUUGGGUCGUCGCAAGGGGAAUGUUCCUGAGAGGGUUCCCCUCCCUCCACCUUUAUAUGGUGCAGCAUCUUUCAACAGCACUAAACCAUCCCGAUCCGACAGUUUUAAGCCAAGUGUUCCUUCUUAUCCAGUUGACAGCCCACCUGCCAGCUCAGCUCCACCUGCUUCAAGUUCAACUUAUGAUAAUCAGGUUUGUCCGAUUUGCCUCACUAAUGCGAAGGACAUGGCAUUCGGUUGUGGUCAUCAGACAUGCUGUGAAUGUGGAGAAAGCCUUCGUUUAUGUCCGAUCUGUCGAAGCGAAAUUCAAAUGAGAAUAAAGCUCUACUGAGAAGUGAAUCAACCAUUGCCCCUUUUUGAUGAAUCAUUAUUUUUAUUAUUCUUUGUGAUUCAUUAUUUAGAUGUUGAAAAGAUAAGUUAUGCUGGUAUAGAUUUAGAUGUAUGGUUUGGAUUCACAGAAUGAAAUGAUUGCUCUAUGUACAUUCUCCUACUGGAUUGUUUCUUUCUCA